AUGAACCCUAUGUCAACACUGCUUAACCACACAACCGCCGGUUACAAGAUCGACCAAGGAAACGGAAAGAGACUGAACCAUCUAUUGUACAUGGACGACCUGAAGCUGUAUGGGGAAACACCGAGUAAACUCAACUAUUUAAUAGAAACUGUUCAAGUCUUCAGCAUGGACAUACGUAUGUCCUUUGGUUUUGACAAAUGUGCUACUGUCAACAUCAAAAGGGGUAAAAUUGAAGAUCGGCAACAAGUCAUAUGUAACAUUAAGCAGCUUGCGCCAAAAGAUACUUACCGAUACCUGGGACUAGCCCAAAAUUCAACAAUUGAUCACACAACAAUUAAAAGGGAGAUUCGUGAGAAAUAUAACACCAGGCUAAUGAAGCUCUUAAAUACAAAAUUAUCUGGAUAUAACCUGAUCAAAGCUAUAAACGCUUGGGCAAUACCGGUGUUAACUUAUUCCUUUGGAGUGGUCAAAUGGUCAAAUACCGACCUUGAAGAUCUCGAUCGCCUUACCCGUAGACAAUUAACAAAAUUUAGAAAUCUGCAUACAAACUCAUCUGUAUGUAGGCUGUAUGUUCCUCGUAGGAUGGGUGGGAGAGGCCUGCUAAACAUAAAAGAUCUAUGCCUAAAGCAGGAAAAUGGCAUGAGGCAGCGAUUUAUGUCCUCCAGCUGUGCAAUAAUGAGGCUAAUCGUGGCUCAGGAUAAAGGUUACACUCCUCUCAAUUUAAGUUGCCGUAACCGGAUUGACAAACCCAUCUCGAUAGAGGAGCGUGUUGCAGGAUGGAAAAACGGCGCUCUGCAUGGCAGGUAUCCAAAGUCGCUCCAGUCUGAGGGGGUCGACCUACAUUCGUCAUUGGCCUGGCUUAAAGACGGAAAAUUGUUUCCUGAGACCGAGGGUUUCAUGAUGGCCAUCCAGGACGGAGUUAUGAGGACCAGAAACUAUGAAAAGAACAUUUUAAAACAAGACGUAGUUGAUGUAUGUAGAAAAUGCUCUAUGAGAGGGGAGACAAUAGAACAUAUCACGUCUGGUUGCUCUACCUUAGCAGAUAAUGCGUAUCUUGGACGUCAUAAUCAACUUGCCAAAAUUAUUCAUCAACAACUUGCCAUAAAAUCAGAACUCUUGAGCAAAACAUCACCUCCCUACUACAAGUACUCCCCGCAACCCGUCCUGGAAUCUAGGGAUACUGUUUUAUAUUGGGAUAGACCAAUUAUAACCGAUCGGACAGUGGACCACAAUAGACCCGACAUUCUUUUUAUCGAUAAGAUCAAUAAAACGGGCGUUAUAAUUGACAUAGCAGUACCAUUAUCCCGCAGGAUAAAACAGACAGAAACAGAUAAAAUAACAAAGUACGAAAAUUUAUCAUAUGACUUAAAAAACGUGUGGAAUCUUAAGACCGUAAAGAUCUUACCGUUCGUAAUUUCGGUGGAGGGAAUUAUUAGCACAGAAUUCCAAAAAAAUCUAAAAGAGAUUAAUUUACCAUGCUCAAUUGCAAAAGUAGGACAACGAGCUGUAUUGUUGCAGACUUGUCACAUCGUCCGAAAAUUCUUGAACUAG